UGCUUUAGCCUAUAGCUUUUACUAAUUGCAGAAAACACUUUUGUUCAACCAGUUGGUUGAGGGAAGAUUGUAUUUUUCAUGAUUUUAAAUCCAGUUUGCUUUUCCUUGUGGUGCAGGAUAGGCAGAAUAAUGGCCUAGAAUGCUGAAGGAUUUUCAUGCCCCCUAGUGGCUCUUCAUCCUCCUCUUCCUCUUUGUUCUCUUCCUCUCUUUGUCCUCCUUCUCGCAUGUUCAGUUGUUUCUAACUGUGAAACAAUACCUCAGGUCCCCUGCCUGUUCUUCUUUGCAGACUUGCUAACAUUAUGUAAGCAAAUCACAGAAGGCAAAUGAGUAGUGGAAUUUAAAGAAAAAAAUAUUUUUCUUUCUGUUUUUGUAAGCCUGGUUCCCAAGAGUGAGAACCUCAUUCUGGAGUGAGACUUGAAAAGCUGGCUACCUGAAAAGCAGGAGUGGCUCUUGAAAGGACAGAUGAGAGGAAGAAGGCACAAAGGAGAAUUUUGCUUUCCUUGGUCCUAGUCUAGAAGCCCUAGGACAGAGGUUCCCAAGAAGUAAGCCGUGGAGGGAGGCCUUUGGAGCAGUUGGAGAUAAUCUGGAAAUACUGUUCUAUCUGUCACGAAAGUGGACUGUAAACUCCUGCAGCAAUAAGAGCCAGUGUUACAGUUUUCUACUUUGUGAAGGAUGGGAUGAAUAUGUGCAUGUUUAUGCAAAACACCUUAACCAGACUUAUGAGGUUGCCUUUGAUCAGUGUUGCACUAGUCCAAGGAAAAGCUUUUGGAGGAGGAGCAGAACUUACCACGGCAUGUGAUUUCAGGUUGAUGACACCUGGAAGUGAAAUUCGGUUUGUCCACAAGCACAUGGGUCUGGUGCCAGGCUGGGGAGGAGCUGCCCGGCUGGUGCGGAUCGUGGGCAGUGGGGCAGCCCUGCAGCUGCUGAGCGGGACUGCGCGGGUGGACCCCGAGAAAGCUUUGCGCCUGGGAUUCUCAGAGCAGACCCUGUCAUCUUCAGAUGAAACCAGGGCCUUAGAAGAAGCCCGAGCCUGGCUGAGUCAGUACACAGAGGGUCCAGUCAGUGUGAUACGGGCUAUGAAAAAGGUGGUGACAGCAGGAAGAGAGCUCCCACUGGAAGAUGCCCUAAGGACAGAAAAGGACAUUUUCGGAACUGUAUGGGGUGGGCCUGCCAAUUUACAGGCAUUGGUUAGAAGACCAAAACAUAAAUGAUGGUCAGUGUAUAAGAAAUUGUUCUUGACCUUUUUGCAAACAAAGCUUUCACUAAAGCAGGCAUUGAACUUGCAUCAUUUAAGGACUUGCCCAUUUAAAACUGGCAUUAACAUUCCUGCCAUUCACUUCAGACAGUCAUAUUUGGUGUGCAAACACAGAGAAAUCCUUGGCAGAUUCUUUACUGUCCUAAUCACCCACUGAAUGGAGAUUAGUGAAAUUAGUAUGUAAAGGUAAAUAUUGUGCUGAGAAUAGAACUAUAAUUCUUUUGGAAUGAAGCUGAAGAUUAUUUUCUUUGGAGCUAAUUUUUUCUAACUGCUAUGGAAAGUAAUUACUUGAGUUAUAAUGUUUAUUUAUUUGCAGAACAGGUGCAUCUAAAGUUGCAAAUUAUGAGUUCCCCAACAUGAGACCAGUGUCUUUAAGCAGCUUGGAAAGGAUAAUAACCAGUGAGAGGGUAGUUUUUAUUUUUUCAUCUCUACUCAGUUCUUCGCUAUCCAAGGAUACUUCAAUUUUAAUGGUGUUUUUACAGAAGAAGCUUUAACUUACUGAGACCUUCUAGCCCUCAUUCACUGACACUGAUUCAGGUUUUUAAAUGCAUUUAGGAGUAUUCUCACUGCUCAAGGAAUCAACUACCUACACAUGCAUCUGCACAUGCCCAUAUCCUGGACCUGUGCAAAGCUGCUGACCUGGUUCUUUACAUAGAAUCUAGUUGAAAUCUUGGAAGGACAUGAUGAAUCAUACUCCCAAAUGGGAUGUCCUUAACUGACUGGGUGUCAGAGUACUUCAGCAUCCUGGUAAGACUUGUGUGUGGAUAUGUCUAUAUGUUUCUUUAGAGCAUUUUUUCUGGUAGGGCAUAUUUGGGCUGAUCAGAAGAUUUGGAACUGGGUUUCCACUUCAUGCUGGUGACUAUUCAAGUAAUUAGAUAACUCAUUGGGGAAGGUUUUAUCUUUAGAAAAUAGAAACUGACAGAGUCCCUGCUUUGGCAGAUGAUUCUUAAAAUUAAACAUCUAUGAGAGCAAAACCAUACAGACAUAUCUAUGACUGAGAGUUUCAUGUACUGUUGGUUAGGAUACUCUUGUCUCUAAAUCCAGCAGAGACGGAGAUCUGAGCCCAGAACCCAAGUACUCCGUGGGAGCAUGUUAACGAGGAAAGUUUGGGCUCUGUGUUUGGCCUGACUAGCUCCAGAUGAUGGAACAAGCUCCCCUAAGAAAGGCAAUUUCGUGGAUGGAAAUCCAUGUUACAAUUUCCACAGUGUGGUACGAUUCCUGAGUUUUAGACAGUGAGGUAACUACAUGUUUGAGGAUUUGGGGACAAAUCAAAGAUGAGAAUUUGGCUUGGAUUGCCUGUUAGGAUUCUGCAGGUUUUGAGCAGAUGCUGUGAUCUGCUAUGGAUGUUUCACUAUAUGGUUUUCACAGCAAGGAGCCCAAAGCAAUGAAGAGAAAUGCUGAAGAAAGGGAUGUGUUUUGAGUUGGCACCUCAGGGAAGAUAAGGAACUUGCCUCCACCCUGUAGAUCCUGCAUCUUUGCCUUAAUAUCUGAAGCACUGAUGGAGAAUGAUUUCAAAUGUCUCUUCCCCAAUAACAAAGUUCAAUUUUUACUUUCAGGUUAGAGAAGAGACAGGAAUGAGAACAUGGGGAGACUGUUCUGGUUUGUGCCUCUUUCUCCCCCUGCCCCUUUUUAUUCAAUAUCUCAGUUGUUAGUCCCCUGUGUAGCUGGAUUCUUUCCUGUGCCUUAAAGGACUUCAAACCCGUUACUUCACAGGUAUGAAUGUUUUAAUAUAGUCUGGCUGCACUUGACUGUUUAGUAAUGAAACUGUUCUGCUUUUCAUGGAGUUCCUCAAGACUCAUGAGAGACUCCAGACUGCCAGCAUCACUGAACCUUCAAAGCAUGCUCCAGUCCAUACUCAUCCAGCUUUUUGUAGCAAUAGCACAUCACGUUGAUGUGAGUCAAAAUAAAUGUGCUUUAAAGGGCAACUGGUUAUGUCUUUGCUAGUAGCAAGAACAGAUUUGCAAAUACUAAUACCCUAAUGACAUUUUUUAAAUGGGUGUGAAAAUUGCUUAGAACCUGAGCAAGACUCUUGAAUUUUUUUUUCUUUAGUGCAUUAGGCUCAUAAAUGUGUAUUGGGUGAUACAAAUUUGAAAAGGAGGAAAUUGUAGCAAAAAAGCAGAAUUUGGUUGCCUUCACACUUUGAACCAGAUCGGUGCUGCCAGUAAGUGAAACUCAGUAUGUACACCUAUUGGGGAUCUCUUUCCAUUUUGAUUUGUAGACAGUGAGCUUAUUUCUCAUUUCAGCAAAUGCAUUUCCCCAGCCACCCUCUCUGACUUGUAUCAAAGGUCAACAUUUCCUUCUAAGAAAACAGGACAAAUAUUUAACUAGUACAGAGCAAGACACACUCAGACAGAAAGGGUUAUGGAAACUCAUUUUGUUGAUAUCAUAAAUAUACCAAACAUAGGUACAGGACAUUCUGAAGAUCAUUACAGGUCUUGAUCAAGGAUUUUGUGAGUACUCUAAUACCAUAUUCUCUGGUCUAUUUUCUAUUUGAAAAGGUAUUUUAGAGCCCUUCACGUGAAAACCAGCCCAGGUGAACUACCAUGAGUGCUAGGAUGAGAGCUCCAGACGGAGAUGAAAUGGAAUCCUGUUUUCCCCCUUUGAAAGCUAAAUGCUUUAUUUCAUAGAAUACUUGCUUAUCAUCUUAAAGUGACAAAUACCUGUAACCAGCAGCUGAUAAGCAUUUGUAUUUUCUUUAUUAAAAGACUACGAGCUUCCUCUCA